AUGUCGGAAGACUCUCGCACCUCCAAUGUCAUGAACCGCUCGUCCUCCUUCGACGGUUUUUCGACGUGGCCAGCAGUCUUGAGAGGCGGGGACAGGUUGGCUGAUAGCCAGACUAUAGGCUUCACGAGAGCGCUUGAUAAUGUCACGCCAUUGGCGUUUGUUGAGCUGGGCGACGAGAGCCAGAUAUUGGGUGGCCCGGUUGCCGUGCACCGAGAGGCUGAAGCUGCCGUGACCGCGAGCACUUGCUGGCUGGAUUGCAUUGUUCUCGCCCCAGAGUUCAAAAAACUACUCCCCUACCCUAUCCUUGUUAGCCCCCGAGUUGUUCCGCCGCCACCCCUCAAUACCCAGUAG